AAAUCUAAAUUCCCCCACUUCCCUUUCCCACAGCCACAGAGCAGCCUAGUUCCCAUGGCAAUAUCAUUCGCAAACGCCACCAUUUUCUCAAAGCCUUCCCUCUUCCUCCAGAGGAGCACCCUGGCCUUUUGCUUACGCUUUUCAUCUAUCUCCACCUCUUCCGCGGCUGUCCAAUCUCACGCCCACAAGAAGUGGAGGCACCCGGUGGCCUCCUCACUUGUUGAACUUGGAGGCCUCAAGAUUUCGAGAGAGGAGAUAGUGAAGGAUGACCCAACAAACAAUGUUCCGGAUUCAAUUUUCUCAAAGCUGGGAAUGCAGCUUCAUAGGAGGGAUCAGCAUCCUCUUGGCAUACUAAAGAAUGCAAUCUAUGACUAUUUUGACACCAACUACCCCACCAAAUUUGACAAGUUUGACAAUUUGUGCCCAAUAGUUUCUGUUAAAGCGAACUUUGAUGAUGUAUUGGUGCCUGCUGAUCAUGUAAGCAGGAGUUACAAUGACACAUAUUAUGUGGAUUCUCAAACUGUCCUGAGGUGUCAUACAAGUGCACAUCAAGCUGAGUUACUUAGUGAAGGCCAUACUCAUUUUCUUGUCACUGGAGAUGUUUAUCGCAGAGAUUCUAUUGACUCUACUCACUACCCUGUAUUCCAUCAGAUGGAAGGAGUACGUGUUUUUACUCCAGCUGACUGGGAAUCAUCUGGUACUGAUGCUACAUCAUAUGCAGCCGAGGAUCUAAAAAAAUGUCUUGAGGGUUUGGCACGCCAUUUAUUUGGUGGCGUGGAAAUGCGUUGGAUUGACACUUAUUUUCCAUUCACCAGUCCCUCAUUUGAACUGGAAAUAUUUUUUCAGGAGAAAUGGUUAGAAGUGUUAGGAUGUGGAGUGAUGGAGCAAGAAAUAUUAAAGAGAAGUGGUAGGAUGGACAAUGUUGCUUGGGCAUUUGGGCUUGGACUGGAACGAUUAGCAAUGGUUUUAUUUGACAUUCCAGAUAUUCGUCUUUUCUGGACGAUGGACGAGCGGUUUACUUCACAAUUCUCCAAAGGCCAGCUUGGGGUUAAGUUUAAACCAUUUUCGAAGUAUCCUCCAUGCUAUAAGGACAUGAGUUUCUGGAUAAGUGAUUCAUUCACCGAAAACAACCUCUGUGAAGUUGUGAGGGGUAUUGCUGGAGAUCUUGUCGAAGAGGUGAAAUUGAUCGAUAACUUCACCAACAAGAAAGGAAUGACGAGUCACUGUUAUAGGAUAGCAUAUAGGUCGAUGGAGCGUUCACUCACUGAUGAGGAGAUUAAUGAUUUACAGUGGAAAGUGCGGGAACAAGUGGAGAGCAAGUUGAAAGUUGUCCUGAGAUGAGGAAUUGGAGUGCUGCUGCCAAUGAAAGCCAUGUGGUUUCAUCCAUUUUAGUUCAGCUUUUUGUACAGAAGACCAUUCUCUAUCUGUUUACAGCUUGGGGUGUAACAAAAGGUAUCCAUCUGUAUUUUUAUUAUUUACUUCCCAUACUUGUGAGGAUUAGAAAUUUCUUGUGCGGAAUAUCUAUUUAUAUACAGUAGUUGAGAAAGUUAUAGUGA